AUGUGCCAACGUUUAGAUUGUAUGAAGCACUUAUGGACACAGAAGGAUGCAUCAGGAGCAGGAACGCAAAGCAACGACAACUUCUGGACUAAGGAUGUACAGGAUCUGUGGGAUGAAUUAGCAGGGGCCAUGAUAACAAAUGGUGGAACAGGGGAGACUGCAUGUAAUAAAGUGGGCAUUAAUGGAACUCCGGCAUCUCCAUCUGAGAAGGCGGCAUGCAAAUUUUUGCAUGCCGGCUUACAGAAACUGUAUGGUCCGGCGCCGCCGGCGACGCCGCCGGCGGCGCCGUCUGUUUUAGACAACCCAUCGUUUAGACAAACGAUGGGUUGUUUUUUACUUCACGCUUAUGCAAAACACAUGAAAGAAAAAGCAACUUGUCUUAUUGAUGAAGGAAUACAGAAAGCAUUUGAAACUGUUGGCAAUAAGGGUGUUGUUCCUUGCCAGUGGCAAGGAAUGGAUGACAGCAAAUGGGAAAAUUGCCUUGAUAGCAUUACCAUAAAUGGUGGCGCUGCUGUCUCGGGGGAGACUGCAAAGACCAAAGUGGACAACAUCCUGAAGGGCGACUCCAAAAUAGAAGACAUGGCAAAGGAAGUAAAUAAUGUAACCCAACUUUGUGACCAAGUCAAAUGUGUCACAAACCGAUGGAUGAGCCAAAAUAAGGCCGGCGGCACCGGAACACGUACUUGGAAGAAUGUAUGGGAAGAAGUCCAAAAGGAACUCACUAAGCUUGCCGGAGGCACUACUAAAAAGAAGAGGGAGGACUCAGCUCUUACUCCUUACUGCAAUGACAUCCCGAAAGUGAAUGGAAAGGCUGUUGAUAAGGAGGCUUGCCUCCUUAUAGCAGCAGGAUUAAAGAACCUCUACGACAUCAAGGAAGAUAAAAACCAUGAUGUCGAUGCCGUUACGGCAUCGUUCCUAAGAACGAUGCAAUGUGUUUUAUUAAAUGCCAUUGCAGAUAAACUACAAGACGAAAAAUUUCCAUGUAAGGAUGAAAAGAAUGUACAGAAGGGGAUAAAUCAUGCUUUUGAGAAGAGUAAUAGUGCUAUUAAGGGUAAAAGCGCUUGCAGUAGUAAUGAUAAAUGUUUUGAGUGUAAGAGAGUACCCUUAACGGAGCUGGCCACUUGCGAAAUUGGCGAGAAGGAUGGAAAAAAAUUAAAGGAGAAGAUAGAAGAAGAUUUGCUUAAGGAAGACGAAAACACAGAAAUGAAGAAAAUUAAGGACCAAGCUAUAAAGGACAUAUGUAA